AUGGCCAAGCUGUGUCAGAUAAACAGAGUAAAGGAUAGCUUUGAUAGGGAUAGUCUUCGCUUAAUUAUCAAUGCUUUAGUAAUGAGCAAACUUUAUUAUUGCUCUACAGUAUGGUCAAACACUUCUGCAACAAAUAUAAAGAAAUUGAGAGCAGUUCAGAAUUUUGCUUGUAGGAUAUUGACAAAUACGGGAAGAUAUGAUCAUGUAACACCAUCACUACGGGCAAUUCGCUGGCUUCCUGUAGAGGAACACUUAAAAUUUAGAGAGACACUAAUAACACACAAAUGUAUGAAAGGAUUAGCACCACCUUACCUGUCCAAAUUAUUUAUAAAAAGAAUUGAAAUUCACGAUCUAAAUACAAGGAAUAAUAAAGCGCUACACAUCCCUCAACACAAAACAGUUUCAGGACAAAGAACCUUUUAUUACAGAGCGGUGAAGUUUUGGAAUGACUUGGAUGAAGACCUUAAAAAGUUACCUUGGAAAAGUUUUGAAACUGAAUUAAAGAAGAUGCUAAACAACAAUUAA